AUGGCUGGAGCUGAGCUUGCCCAAUUUUUUCAGCUCAGCCAGCUCAGUGAGCUCUUGGACCCAGCUCAUCCAGCUCAAUACAUAGUGAUACAUGGCAGAUACGGGCAGAUACCGUAUCUGUGGCAGCGUUGGCUCAAGUCAGCUCUUGGACCCAGCUCACUCAGCUCAUCCAGCUCACUCAGCUCUUGGACCCAGCUCACUCAUCUCAUCCCGCUCUUGGAUUCAGCUCACUCAGCUCUUGGACCCAGCUCACUCAGCUCUUGGACACAGCUCACUCAGCUCUCGGACACAGCUCACUCAGCUCCCCAACCCAGCUCGCUCAGCUCAUCCAGCUCUCGGACUCAGUUCACUCAUCUCAUCCAGCUGCCGGACCCAGCUCACUCAGCUCUCCAACCCAGUUCACUUGGCUCUCGCACCCAGCUCACUCAGCUCACCCAGCUCAUCCAGCUCUCAGAACCAGCUCAUCCCUCUUGGAACCAGCUCAUCCAGCUCUUGCAACCAGCCAGCUCUUGUACCCAGCUCAGCUCAGUCAACUCUCAAACCCAGCUCACUCAGCUCAUCCGGCACCCAGACCCAGCUCAGUCAGCUCCUCCAGGCUUUGGACCCAGCUCCUUCAGCUCUCUGACCCAGCUCACUCAGCUCCCUAAACCAGCUCAAUCAUCUCUUGGCCCCAGCUCUUCCAGCUCAGUUGGAUCCCCAAGCCAGCUCAGUCAGCUCUUGGAGCCAGCUCACUCAGCUCUGUCAACCCUGAAAACUCCCCAAGCCAGUCCACCGGCUCUUGCCCCCAGCUCAGUCAGCUCUGGGACCCAGCUCAUCCAGCUCUGUCAGCUCUCCAAGCCAGCUCACUCAGCUCUUCCAGCCAGCUCAGUCAGCUCCAUCAGCUCUCCAAGCCAGCUCAUUCUGCUCUUGGACCCAGCUCAGUCAUAUCAAUCAGCUCCGUCACCUCUUGGACCCAGCUCACUCAGCUCUAUGGCCCAGCUCAGUCAGCUCAGUAGGCUCCCCAAGCCAGCUCAUUCAGCUCUAGCCAUCUCAGGCAGCUCAGACAGCUGUUCAACUCAGCUUGGUCACCUCUUGGACACAGCUCAUCCAGCUCAGUCAGCUCAAGUCAGCUCUCAGACCCAGCUCUCGGGCAAAUAUCAGUCAUCUCUUGGACCCAGCUCACUCAGCUUGGCUAUCUCUCCAACCAAGCUCAGCCGGCUCUUGUAA